CUAGCGUGAAAUAUAAACAAACUUUGAGCGGUCUACAAUGGAGCGUGUAGAAUUUGGUCGUUACAUAUAAAUGUACUAACCGUUUUAUAGAUUAAACCGUUUUAAAUUUUUCCGUCUAAUAAAAUAAUCUCCAAUUAGAAAAAUUCCGUCAAAUAAAUAAUAAAAAAAUAAUUUUGUCUGUUGAGGAUUAAAUAAGGUAAAAUAAGAUAAUUUGGUAAAGGGAAAAUUUGUAUUGAAACACCUUAAAGAUGAAAUACAGUUGGACUGACACUGUUUAUAAAGCUUUCUCAAAGAGCUUCACUCAUGACUAUGGGGAUGAUGCUCUUUCUUUUCUACUCAAAUGUAUAAAAGAUGAAUUUCGUCAAGCAAAGAAAGAUGAAAAUAGCUUGGAAAAAUUAUAUGCCUGCAUUGGAGACUUUUAUAAACAUUUCUGUUGGAAGAUCAAUUGGAAAAGAGAGUCUUUAUGUUCUAUGAAAAAGUCUUGCGUAAUUAUUUUAUCUUACCUCAUUAAGGUUGGUGUCCAAUUAAGUAAAGGCAAAUUAUCUUCAAAAUGGAUAAACAAUAUUUUAGCUGCUAUGAACAUUUUCCCUGGUCCAUUGGAACUGAUGUAUGAUUCUCUCGUCCUCAUUAAUAAUGUCAAGAAAAAAUGUCGACCAUCUUUUACUGCAGUUCUUAAUCAUUUUCUUUUCACUAAUAAGCUGAAAGUAUCUAAAGCAGAAGAUUACUUCAAGGUUAUGCUGCUGCUCAAAACAGUGAAAUUCCUGUCAAAGAACAAAUUAGAGAGAGCAAAGGUUGUUGCACUUGCUUCAAAGAUUCACAUUCCUUCAGACAUUAAGUCUUGGCUCAUGUCCCAUGAAAUAGAAAAUUUAACCAACGUAAACAAUAAAUUGUUUACAAAAGUGUUUCUUAAUAAUAUGAAACUUCCACAAGAAUUUUUUGUACAAUUGCGAAAAGCAUUACUGAUUGAAGUGAAAGUCAAAGAAGACUUUUAUUUACCUAACAAUGUUAAAGACUCAUUUGUAGUUGGUACAGGAAUAAAUAGUCAGUGUGAUUUUACCAUUGAAAACAUUGCAGAAACACCCGUUAUCAAAAACGAUGCAAACAUUUUUGUCGAUUCUUCACCUGCCAGUGUCUCGUUAGUGAAAAGAAAGAGGAAGAAGGAAAUGUUAACUAAUUUAAGUACGGAAGAUAGUAUUGAUUCAACUGCAUUAGUUGAUCCUUCAUCUCCUGGUAUCUCAGUUAUAAAAAGAAAGAAGAAGAAAAAGGACAUGUUAACCAAUUCAAGUGCUGAAGAUAGUAUUGAUUUAAGUGCGACAGCUGAUCCUUCAUCUACUGGUACCUCAAUUGCAAAAAGAAAAAAGAAGAAUAGGGACAGGUUAACAAAUUCAUGUAUUGAAGAUAGUAUUGACUCAACUACAUUAGUUGAUCCUUCCUCUCCUGGUGUCUCAUUUGUAAAUGGAAAGGACAAGCUAACAAAUUUAAGUAUCGAAAUUAGUAUUGAUUUAAGUGCAUUAGUUGAUCCUUCAUCUCCUGGUAUCUCAGUUGUUAAAAGAAAGAAGAAGAAAAAGGACAUGUUAACCAAUUCAAGUGCUGAAGAUAGUAUUGACUCAACUGCAUUAAUUGAUUCUUCAUCUCCUGGUAUCUCAGUUGUUAAAAGAAAGAAGAAGAAAAAGGACAUGUUAACAAACUCAAGUACUGGAGAUAGUGUUGAUUCAACUGCAUUAGUUGAUCCUUCAUCUUCUGGUGCCUCUGUUGUAAAAAGAAAGAGGAAGGACAAGUUAUUAAAUUCAAAUGUUACUAAGAAUAGAAACAUCACAACACAGGAGCUUGUUGAAGAAGAAUCGUCAAUUUUACCUCAGUUGUAUAAUGAAACUAAAGGUAAAGUUGGUCAAGAAUUUUUUGACCUAAGUAGCAAGACAAAAGAAGCAAUGAGCAACACCUUUUCAGAGAGAAAAAUCAAAGUAGAUUCUUGUUCAUCAAAUAGCGUUAACAGCUCAUUUCUCAUUGAUGCUGGAGUGGUGAAUCAAUAUGAAUCUGCCAUUGAUAUAGCAGCAGAAACAGCCCUUGUUGAAGAUGAUUCAAAAAUGCCUGUUGAUUCUUCAUUUGAUAUCUGUACAAAUAUUCCACACAUAGGUAAAAAGAGAAAAAAAAUCGAGUUAACUGAGCCUUUAGAUACAGAAGAUAAUAGUGAAUCAAAUUUGAUUCUUAAGCACUUACCUGGGCCUGAUAAUGAAAUUGUAGAAAAUAAUGAGCAUGAAAAGGCCACUGCUCAAAGGCUUGAGACAGUAUCAAUUUUGCAACCUCCGAGUCCUGAAUCCAAAGCAGAAGAAAAUAAAGUAAAAUCAAUUUCUGAUUCUAAAAUAAAAUUUGAUCAAGUAAAAUCGAUUCCAUCAUCUCUAAAUCUUGAAACUGAAAUUAAACAUCAUCAUGAAGUACCAUUAGAGGAAUAUAUAAAAGCUAAUGAAACAAUGCCAAAUUCUGAAAGAAUUACUCUUUCUGAAGAUAAGCAUACAGAUUUUUGUGAAAAGCAAAGUAGUAUACGAAUCCCGUCCCAUUCAACUGAAGCUAUACCAAUUUGUUUGUGUGGUGAUGAAAAAGAAGAAAGUGUGCAUGAUGGAAAAAAUAGAAACGUAAAAUUAAUUGAAUUGCAUCCAUCACAUUUUAUAUCCGAAGAUCUUGUUAAAGUGCAACCAAUAAUUAGUGGAAAUAAUGAUAUAAGUUUGAACAAAGUAGAAGUUGUUCAUGAUAAAAAUGACCUAAUUAAUAAUAAAACUGUUGAUGUAGAAGUUGUUCAAGAUAAAAAUUAUCCAAUUAAUAAUAAAACUGUAGAUUUUAGCGCUGAAUGCUCAUUGAUAGGUAAUGCUGAUCACUCUGAUGAAGUCUCAAAAAUAUCUAAAAUAAACUCUGUUAGUGAUAAUUCUUCCAUCAACUUGGAAGAAAAUAUUAAUGAAACUAAAAAAGUUGAAUAUUCUACUGUUUAUUUGCAUGUUUCUGAAACUUGCGCAGAAGCGUUUCAUGUUAUGAGUCCUGAAACACUACCAAAGAACUUAGCUCCAGAGACGUCAGAAAACGAACUUUCAAAUCGAAAUUUCAACGAUUCCAUUGUUUCUUGUUUGUUUGGCAGGGAUAAACAAAGUCAAAAUAAUGAGAUGCCUGCAGAAAACAAAGAGGCAAGUCCCAAUAGGCUUGGUAAUUAUAUUGAGGGUGUAUUAUACAAACUUGUAGAUGAGGUAGUUAGUAAAAUAAAUAAUACAGAUGAGAGUUGUUUGGAAACUUCUAAAGAAAAAUCUUGCCAAUUAAACUUACCACCUAUUGAGUCCUCCGCAAAUGUUAAUAUAAGUAAAUCUGAAUUUUUCUCUGUUACCAGCAGUAGUUGUCAAACUUUCUCUGAGAUUUCUAAACAAACUGCAGUUGAUAGUGAAGAGUACAAUAUCCUAUCUGAAGCAAAAAGUAAUUUGCUUGAUUAUAGAGGUGAUUGUUCUAAGCUUGAAGUCAGUCAAAAUAAUGCAGUGUUUCUUGAAUCGGAUUUCGGAAUCGAAGACACCGAGGACAUUUCUGAUAAUGAAUCACUCUUUGGGGAGCACUCAUUUGAUGAGUAUUCUCAAUUACACGAUUUAGGGAUUCAAAAUGAAAAUUCUUGUCUGAUUCCAGUUGAUGACUGCAUCCAAUCAAAAUGUAAUUUAGGCUUCCAGCCUGAUGAAGCUGCAAGCUCUGUUGCAAAGUCGCCUCGUUCGAGCGUGGAAGUCGAACGUGAUUACGAGAAUACUUCCGAUGCUGAUUGUGCCGAAAGAGAACUUAUCCGAGAUUCGGAAGUAGGAAAAUUAUUUCUUGCCAGUACUGAAAAUGAAGAUCUACCAUUUUCUGAAAGUAGUCGUGAAGUUUCGUCGGAAGAUCCGAAUGGGCAUGAUUUCCUUAAAAAUAAAGUGGAAAACCGUUUUUAUGAUGCUGAUAACAAUGAACCUGUAAUGAAUAAGUCCGAGGAACUAUUAGAACUUACAGAAACGUCUGCAAAUAGGAAUUCCAGUUAUGCUAGAGUAUUUUCAGAAGAGGUACUACAGCCUGUUGUUAGUAUAAAAAAAUUAGAAAAUAUUUGUGAUACUUACGAUGAAUUGAAGCGAAGUGAAAAUAAAGAAAAUUUGAGCUGCAGUGAUAGUAACAUCCAUACGGCUCAAGAGUUAGAACUUGAACAAUCAAAUCCUCAAAUUGCUAAUGAUGAAAGUUCUCUGCCAAAAUCUGCAGAUCAUUCUCAGGAUUCCCUCAAGCCUCCAAAUAAUACUAUAGAAAAGGAUUGCUUGGUUUUGGACUAUCCCAUUCAAGGUAAAGAUUUAUCUACGUCAACAGGACACUUGGAACUUCCUCUGGCUGUCUCACCUGUAAAGCAACUUAGAGUUUUAAGACAGCGCAAGGCGAAUCCAACUAACCCCUCAACUUCUCUUAAUAGGAAGAAAAAACUGAAGAUUGAUCACAGUGACCCCGUACUGACUUCUAAUCUCAGUCGAUUGACAUUGAAUUCACCCUCCAGAACUGGACCUGCCGUCUCCCGAGUUGGUGCUCAGGAGAGCAAACUUCUCAGAAAGAAGAAAGAGGAUAUCCAAAUAAGUGAUAGUCAACCAGAAUCAAAUAAAGGUUACAAUUUAAGGUCCAGAAAAUCUUUGAUACAACCGGGCAAGUUAAAAUGCUAAAAAAUAAAGCAUCUGAGUGAGAAAUUCAACAUUACGCAUCCUUCUGUUGCUAUAACCAGUCAUGUAUUAUAACAAAUUUGCCAAUCAAAGAGUAUUUUUGAAACACUUCCAAUUCUUGUAAAAAUAAAAAUAAAAAUUGUUUGUUUUUUGA